AUGCUAGAGAUGUGGGAGCAAGUGAAACUGCUUGGGCACAUGGGGAAAGUAUCUCUUAAAGGAGUAGUAAAUGAUGAGUUAGUAGAUAUAGACAAGGAUGUUGAGCUAUUAAGUUUGUGUGAUAAGGUACCACUUUCUUAUAAGAGAGUGGUGCUGAUUUAUGUACAACACAUUGAAGAGGAAUGUGUUGCAGUGAAUGAGGAUUCUGAAGAGGUAGCUGUGGCAUUAAAUGAGGAUAGUGAGAAUAUUGGGCCUUUUAGUGAUGAAAAUGAGGCUUAUACUGAAGGCAUUGGGCCACUGAACAAUGAUAAAGAGGGUCGGCCUUUUACUGAGGAUCAUGGGCCUGCUUGCAGAGUUGAAGACUGGGUUUCAAGUGAUGAUAAUGGGCCCCUGAAUAAUGAGGGUAGUAGGGUUGAUAUAGGUGACACUGAUAUGGAAGAUAGUGAAGACAAUGAAGGCAGUGAACAAGAAGACAAGGAAGAAGACCCUGAUUUUGUUGACAGUGCUUAUGAGCAGAGUGAAAAUGAAUGUGAGUUGUUGACAAAGGACGAUAAAGCAUUUGAAAAUUAUGUAGACCAGCCAGAAGUAGUUGAAGACCCAAAUGCCCCUGUAGAUGAAGAUCGGGAGUCAACUGAUGUAGCUAAAAGUGAUGUUGAGAGUUUGGAUAGUAGCUCAUAUGAUGAGGAUGAUGGGAACCAGAAGAAAAGGAAGAAGAAACAACCCAAAUUUCAAGAAUUUAGGCCUGAAACAGACAUGCCCAACCUUGAGUUUAAGCUGAGUUUAAGGGUGAGGACAGUGUGUGCAGGAAAUUGUAAGUGGGUUUGUUUUGCUUCAGCAGUGAAUGGUAGUGAAUGGGUUCAAGUGAAGAAAUUGGUUGAUGAGCAUGAUUAUGGGACAGUUGAUCACAACUUUCAUGCUAACUCAACAUGGUUAGCUUAG